AUGCGAUCACCAGACGGGGGGAAAAGAGAUGAAAAAACGAUCUUACAGCACAGUGCCCAGCUGUGGAGCAUUCUCCUGGCAAUAGAUAGUUCAUGUGAUAUCAAUUCACUAUUAGACAUGAUGCUGAUCAGAAAUAUUUUUUUGGAAACUUACGUGAAGAAUAAGAAAUACGAGGCAGUGGCAAUUAAGUCAUACUUGAUGAGUCUCCGACAUUUUUAUUCGUUCCUUCUUUCGGAAAAGCCAGAUGGCGUUGAGUUUAAUGUUGAGGAUAUCAACGUAAAAAGAGAAAAAAUCCAUUUCUGGUCAACCACAUACAAGAGAGAUUCAUGUACCCGACGGUGGCAAAAACUCGAAGAGGACACAGAAAACCUAUUGACCUCAGAGAGCAUUCAAAAUUUCGAGAAAAGUGAAGCAGCCCGAGAAGCUAUAAAGAUUAUCGGUCAGUAUUCGUACCCUACGGAAACUGCACCUGUUGUACAAGCGUUGUACAUAUUGGCACGAGAUUUUCUUCUGGUUGAAUUGUUUAUUGAUAAUGCCAACAGACCUGGGAUCCUUUCAUUCAUGACCACAGACAAAUUUCACAAUAUGGGGGAAGAAGAUGGGACAUACGUUAUAGCCGUAAAGAAACACAAGACUGCGCAUGUCCACAGGCCAGCCUACAUUGUGCUAAGCAAAAAAUUGAAAGCGUGGAUGCAUGUUUUCGUUGAGGUGAUGCGACCUGCGGUUACCGACUCAGAUACCAGUACCAGCUCUGUAUUUUUGACAUGGAAUUCAAGAAGCAUGACGUCCGGGCAGGUCAAUAAAGCAGUUCAAUCUGUCUUUAAAAAAGCAGGAGUCGAUAUCAAAGUAACUUCAACGUUGUUCCGCAAAGCUGCAGUCACAAAGAUGCACGAAAGCAAUCCUGAGCUAAGUGAAAAGCUUGCAGGACUUAUGUCGCAUAACGAAUCUACGGCUAAAAAAUAUUACCUUUUAUGGGAGAAAACGAAAGCAUCAAUUGAAGCUUCAGCCAAACUUGGGAAGUUGAUGCGGAAUCAAGAAAACAGCGCUGAUGAAAGUGAGGCUGACGUUUCGGAGGAUUUCAACAAGUCUGAAACUAAAAGGAGGACUCCUUGGAAAGAUGACGAAAUUCAAAUUGUGAAUGAAACCUUCAAAGAAGAAUUAAAGCUUAAAACAAUUACAAUGGGUAUCGUUCGUGACAAAGUUGAAAACAGCGAACAGCUUGAUGGAAUGUCACCAAGACGAGUAUAUGAUCGACUUAAGAGAGAGUUAAAUAAAAAACAAUUAAAUGCCAAUGAAGAGGUGAUACAUGUACUACCAACAGCGUGUGAAAGUUUGAAUGACCGCCUCGAAAGAAUGGCAUCCAAUUCCCAUGGUCAAACAUCUUACAGUGCCAAGGACGAGCAAUCUUCUCCGAGUGUCAUUUCACCAACCGAAUUUGCAAAUACUGAUCUCUUUUCAGAUUCCAAUCUUACCUCUAUGAAAAAGAUUUUUGCGGAUAUGAUCGUUAACAAACCAAUUUCAAAGUCAGAAAUAAAGAAACGCUGCAGUGAAAGCAAAGAAGGUAAACCACUGAUUAGUAAAUUGUCGGUCAGUCAAAUAAUGAAUCGUAUAAAAUACGAAAGAAGAAAGAUACGAAGUGCCAAGUGA